CCUCUCUGAACCAUAAACCAUUCCAUCAACCCUCUCAGGGCCACCAAAAUCCUCCCAGACUGGCCCAACAUGGAGGACUUGCCCACAUCCAAAAUGGCGGCACCAGCUUCAUGAAAUCAGAAGGUGAGUCCAGAGCUGGGACUGCUGAGACAGGGAGAAGGUGAGAGUUUAUAUGGCUGCACCCUCUGUAUAUCCCAUGUUACCCCAGUCACUGUAUCUAUAGAUAUCUAUAUACACACAUUGCUCAGUGUGACCCCCAGGGGGAGGAUCUGCACCCUCUGUAUAUCCCAUGUUACCCCAGUCACUGUAUCUAUAGAUAUCUAUAUACACACAUUGCUCAGUGUGACCCCAGGGGGAGGAUCUGCACUCUCUGUAUAUCCCAUGUUACCCCAGUCACUGUAUCUAUAGAUAUCUAUAUACACACAUUGCUCAGUGUGACCCCCAGGGGGAGGAUCUGCACCCUCUGUAUAUCCCAUGUUACCCCAGUCACUGUAUCUAUAGAUAUCUAUAUACACACAUUGCUCAGUGUGACCCCCAGGGGGAGGAUCUGCACUCUCUGUAUAUCCCAUGUUACCCCAGUCACUGUAUCUAUAGAUAUCUAUAUACACACAUUGCUCAGUGUGACCCCCAGGGGGAGGAUCUGCACUCUCUGUAUAUCCCAUGUUACCCCAGUCACUGUAUCUAUAGAUAUCUAUAUACACACAUUGCUCAGUGUGACCCCCAGGGGGAGGAUCUGCACUCUCUCUCUGUAUAUCCCAUGUUACCCCAGUCACUGUAUCUAUAGCUAUCUAUAUACACACAUUGCUCAGUGUGACCCCAAGGGGGAGGAUCUGCACUCUCUGUAUAUCCCAUGUUACCCCAGUCACUGUAUCUAUAGAUAUCUAUAUACACACAUUGCUCAGUGUGACCCCCAGGGGGAGGAUCUGCACUCUCUGUAUAUUCCAUGUUACCCCAGUCACUGUAUCUAUAGCUAUCUAUAUACACACAUUGCUCAGUGUGACCCCCAGGGGGGGGAUCUGCACUCUCUGUAUAUCCCAUGUUACCCCAGUCACUGUAUCUAUAGCUAUCUAUAUACACACAUUGCUCAGUGUGACCCCAAGGGGGAGGAUCUGCACUCUCUGUAUAUCCCAUGUUACCCCAGUCACUGUAUCUAUAGAUAUCUAUAUACACACAUUGCUCAGUGUGACCCCAGGAGGAUCUUGCACUCUCUGUAUGUCCCAUGUUACCCCGGUCACUGUAUCAUAGAUAUCUAUAUGCAUUGCUCAGUGUGACCCCGGGGAGGAUCUGCACUCUCUGUAUAUCCCCUGUUACCCCAGUCACUGUAUCUAUAGAUAUCUAUAUACACACAUUGCUCAGUGUGACUCCCAGGGGGGAGGAUCUGCACUCUCUGUAUAUCCCCUGUUACCCCAGUCACUGUAUCUAUAGAUAUCUAUAUACACACAUUGCUCAGUGUGACCCCCAGGGGGGGGGAUCUGCACUCUCUGUAUAUCCCAUGUUACCCCAGUCACUGUAUCUAUAGAUAUCUAUAUACACACAUUGCUCAGUGUGACCCCCAGGGGGAGGAUCUGCACUCUCUGUAUAUCCCAUGUUACCCCAGUCACUGUAUCUAUAGAUAUCUAUAUACACACAUUGCUCAGUGUGACCCCCAGGGGGAGGAUCUGCACUCUCUGUAUAUCCCAUGUUACCCCAGUCACUGUAUCUAUAGAUAUAUAUAUACACACAUUGCUCAGUGUGACCCCCAGGGGGAGGAUCUGCACUCUCUGUAUAUUCCAUGUUACCCCAGUCACUGUAUCUAUAGCUAUCUAUACACAUUGCUCAGUGUGAGCCCCAGGGGGAGGAUCUGCACUCUCUGUAUAUUCCAUGUUACCCCAGUCACUGUAUCUAUAGAUGUCUGUAUACACACAUUGCUCAGUGUGACCCCCGGGAGGAUCUGCACUCUCUGUAUGUCCAUCACAGUCACUGUGUCUAUGAAUGUCUAUAUACACACAUUGCUCAGUGUGACCCCCAGGGGGGAUCUGCACUCUCUGUAUAUCCAUGUUACCCCAGUCACUGUAUCUAUGGAAUAUCUAUAUACACACAUUGCUCAGUGUGACCCCAGGGGAUCUGCACUCUCUGUAUAUCAUGUUACCCCAGUCACUGUAUCUAUAGAUAUCUAUAUACACACAUUGCUCAGUGUGACCCCAGGAGGAUCUGCACUCUGUAUAUCCCAUAUUGCCCCAGUCACUGUAUCUAUAGAUAUCUAUAUACACACAUUGCUCCAGUGUGACCCCCAGGGGAGGAUCUGCACUCUCUGUAUAUCCCAUGUUACCCCAGUCACUGUAUCUAUAGAUAUCUAUAUACACACAUUGCUCAGUGUGACCCCCAGGGGGAGGAUCUGCACCCUCUGUAUAUCCCAUGUUACCCCAGUCACUGUAUCUAUAGAUAUCUAUAUACACACAUUGCUCAGUGUGACCCCCAGGGGGAGGAUCUGCACUCUCUGUAUAUUCCAUGUUACCCCAGUCACUGUAUCUAUAGCUAUCUAUAUACACACAUUGCUCAGUGUGACCCCCAGGGGGGGGAUCUGCACUCUCUGUAUAUCCCAUGUUACCCCAGUCACUGUAUCUAUAGAUAUCUAUAUACACACAUUGCUCAGUGUGACCCCCCAGGGGGAGGAUCUGCACUCUCUGUAUAUCCCCUGUUACCCCAGUCACUGUAUCUAUAGAUAUCUAUAUACACACAUUGCUCAGUGUGACCCCCAGGGGGGGGAUCUGCACUCUCUGUAUAUCCCAUGUUACCCCAGUCACUGUAUCUAUAGAUAUCUAUAUACACACAUUGCUCAGUGUGACCCCAAGGGGGAGGAUCUGCACUCUCUGUAUAUCCCAUGUUACCCCAGUCACUGUAUCUAUAGAUAUCUAUAUACACACACUGCUCAGUGUGACCCCCAGGGGGAGGAUCUGCACUCUCUGUAUAUCCCAUGUUACCCCAGUCACUUUAUCUAUAGAUAUCUAUAUACACACAUUGCUCAGUGUGACCCCCCAGGGGGAGGAUCUGCACUCUCUGUGUAUCCCAUGUUACCCCAGUCACUGUAUCUAUAGAUGUCUAUAUACACACAUUGCUCAGUGUGACCCCCAGGGGGAGGAUCUGCACUCUCUGUAUAUACCAUGUUACCCUAGUCACUGAAUAAAUGAAUUGGUGUUUUUGGCAUUGUUUUGCAGGGUGGUAAUAUGUGGAGCGAGCUGGGAUGUGUGUUACGAGGAGCCUCAAGGGUGGGGCAGGCUGCAGUGGACAUGGGGUGUGAGCGCUUUCGAAUGGUCAGGAUCACCUCAACACUUGGAACAGGAAUUAAUUCAAUGCAAGCUGCUGCCGAACGAUGUGUGACAAUCUUAUUCACCCGUAGCCAGGUAUGUAUGUCUUUCACUAGGAGAGACUGGUCCAUUAAACAUGUCACUGUCAUUAGUACACUGUGACCCUGGGAGGGACUGACCCUUAAACAUGUCACUGUCAUUAGUACACUGUGACCCUGGGAGGGACUGACCCUUAAACAUGUCACUGUCAUUAGUACACUGUGACCCUGGGAGGGACUGACCAUUAAACAUGUCACUGUCAUUAGUACACUGUGACCCUGGGAGGGACUUACCAUUAAACAUGUCACUGUCAUUAGUACACUGUGACUCUGGGAGAGACUGACCCUUAAACAUGUCACUGUCAUUAGUACACUGUGACACUGGGAGGGACUGACCCUUAAACAUGUCACUGUCAUUAGUACACUGUUACCCUGGGAGGUACUGACCCUUAAACAUGUCACUGUCAUUAGUACGCUGUGACCCUGGGAGGGACUGACCAUUAAACAUGUCACUGUCAUUAGUAUACAGUCACACUAGGAGGGACUGACCCUUAAUUAUGUCACAGCACAAGCAAAACUGCUCUUAAUUACUACUGUUUGUACUAUUAGCACAAUUCAGUCAUGUUAUCUUUGUCCAGACCAGCAUUCCAGAUUCAAGAGUUCGUUCGCCUUCCCCAGAGCCCAGUUUAUCAGACUUUCCCCCAGCAGAAGAGAUGACCAGUUCCAUAGAUGGAGCCCCUGGUUCACUGUUGGCAAGGAAAGGCCCAGACUUGUCUAGAUCAGGCAUUGGGCAGAUCAGAACAUUCCGAAAUUAUAGCACGGUCAGGGGUCUGACAGCUGACGAACUCAAACGAAUGAGGGAAACCAAAUCACAGAAUGGAGCGGAGAGGCCUGGAAAAAUGAUACGACAGAAGGUGAGAGUUUUAUAUAGUGACCAGUGUAUUAACACAACUAUGUUUCUAUCUCAUCCGUUCCCCGUCUCUCUCAUUCUCUAUCUCUUCUACCCAUUUCCUGUCCCUGUCAUUCUCCUCUAUCCCAUGCUAUCAUAGUCUCUAUCAUUCUAUCCCAUGCUAGCAUAGUCUCUAUCAUUCUAUCCCAUGCUAUCAUAGUCUCUAUCAUUCUAUCCCAUGCUAUCAUAGUCUCUAUCAUUCUAUCCCAUGCUAUCAUAGUCUCUAUCAUUCUAUCCCAUGCUAUCAUAGUCUCUAUCAUUCUAUCCCAUGCUAUCAUAGUCUCUAUCAUUCUAUCCCAUGCUAUCAUAGUCUCUAUCAUUCUAUCCCAUGCUAUCAUAGUCUCUAUCAUUCUAUCCCAUGCUAUCAUAGUCUCUAUCAUUCUAUCCCAUGCUAUCAUAGUCUCUAUCAUUCUAUCCCAUGCUAUCAUAGUCUCUAUCAUUCUAUCCCAUGCUAUCAUAGUCUCUAUCAUUCUAUCCCAUGCUAUCAUAGUCUCUAUCAUUCUAUCCCAUGCUAUCAUAGUCUCUAUCAUUCUAUCCCAUGCUAUCAUAGUCUCUAUCAUUCUAUCCCAUGCUAUCAUAGUCUCUAUCAUUCUAUCCCAUGCUAGCAUAGUCUCUAUCAUUCUAUCCCAUGCUCUCAUAGUCUCUAUCAUUCUAUCCCAUGCUAGCAUAGUCUCUAUCAUUCUAUCCCAUGCUAUCAUAGUCUCUAUCAUUCUAUCCCAUGCUCUCAUAGUCUCUAUCAUUCUAUCCCAUGCUAGCAUAGUCUCUAUCAUUCUAUCCCAUGCUAUCAUAGUCUCUAUCAUUCUAUCCCAUGCUAUCAUAGUCUCUAUCAUUCUAUCCCAUGCUAUCAUAGUCUCUAUCAUUCUAUCCCAUGCUAUCAUAGUCUCUAUCAUUCUAUCCCAUGCUAUCAUAGUCUCUAUCAUUCUAUCCCAUGCUAUCAUAGUCUCUAUCAUUCUAUCCCAUGCUAGCAUAGUCUCUAUCAUUCUAUCCCAUGCUAUCAUAGUCUCUAUCAUUCUAUCCCAUGCUAUCAUAGUCUCUAUCAUUCUAUCCCAUGCUAUCAUAGUCUCUAUCAUUCUAUCCCAUGCUAUCAUAGUCUCUAUCAUUCUAUCCCAUGCUAGCAUAGUCUCUAUCAUUCUAUCCCAUGCUCUCAUAGUCUCUAUCAUUCUAUCCCAUGCUAGCAUAGUCUCUGUCAUUCUAUCCCAUGCUAGCAUAGUCUCUGUCAUUCUAUCCCAUGCUAGCAUAGUCUCUGUCAUUCUAUUCCAUGCUAUCAUAGUCUCUGUCAUUCUAUCCCAUGCUAUCAUAGUCUCUAUCAUUCUAUCCCAUGCUAGCAUAGUCUCUGUCAUUCUAUCCCAUGCUCUCAUAGUCUCUAUCAUUCUAUCCCAUGCUAUCAUAGUCUCUGUCAUUCUAUCCCAUGCUAUCAUAGUCUCUGUCAUUCUAUCCCAUGCUAUCAUAGUCUCUAUCAUUCUAUCCCAUGCUAGCAUAGUCUCUAUCAUUCUAUCCCAUGCUAGCAUAGUCUCUAUCAUUCUAUCCCAUGCUAGCAUAGUCUCUAUCAUUCUAUCCCAUGCUAUCAUAGUCUCUAUCAUUCUAUCCCAUGCUAGCAUAGUCUCUAUCAUUAUCCCCCCCCAGUCUCUAUCAUUAUCCCCCCCAGUCUCUAUCAUUAUCCCCCCCAGUCUCUAUCAUUAUCCCCCCCAGUCUCUAUUAUUCAUAUCUUUCAGUGGAAUGGGAUUUGUUUCCAUUGAACCCCCCCGUACAUCCGUCACAUCCGCAUGACCCCACACGCCUCUGCUACUACCCCCGUCUUCUAGUUUUCUCUUAUGUUCUUAUUUUUAUUCAUAUUACUUUAUUAUGGUCUACUUAUUAAUGCACAAGUACAUUCUGCAGUAGAAAAAAAAAAAUAAUAAACCUGCCCAGAACAUGAAAAAAUCUGCAGUACCAACAAAUGUGAGAAAUAUUUAUAUUUCACAGCUCAGUGACCGAGCGAGAGAGAGGAAGGUGCCUGCGUCUCGGAUGAGCCGCUUGGCAAACUUUGGAGGUAAAUAUAUGUGUGUUUUAUAUAAGCUUCCAUGUUAUAAUUCUUUGUUCGCCCAUUGACUUGUUGUUCUUGGACUCUCGCUCUCACCAGGCCUCGCGGUCAGUCUUGGAAUCGGUGCGUUGACAGAAGUCGCAAAGCAGUCUCUGAGCAGAGGAGAGAAGCAGAAUGGUGAGAGCAAAUAGGCCCAUGCUUCGUUGUACAUAGCUUGUUUGAUUGUUAGUUCUUUGGCUUGGCUUAUUCCUUGUUGCUCAGCAGGUAGCAGUUCUUACCUAAUGGCCAACCCAUUCCUGAGUGAAACUAAUGCGGAGAAAAUUGUGGACACGCUGUGCAAAGUGCGAGGAGCAGCGCUGAAGAUUGGGCAAAUGCUCAGCAUACAAGGUGCGUUAGGUGAAAUUAUGCUAACAUGGGGGGGGUUGAGGGCAGGGGUGACUCCAUUGCUCACCUGUCUGAUUACCUUUGAAAUAAUUCCCUUUGCCUGCCACCCCCAAGAAGCUUUUUGCCAUUCUGCGAUUCCACCAUACCAUUCUCAAACUCAUGAUUUGUCCUGGAGACAAUCCAAGGUUUAUCCUACGGGUUUAGUUACAGUUCCAUUCAUACAUCCCCUUCUGUUUUUGAUCUCUUAUCGUGUAUUCAUCUCGACAUUACUGGCUUCUGUUAAAUAGCAAUCAAAAAAGCGACUGAACUGUAUUACUGCUAUUUUGAAUAAUUCUGUAGAAUGUGUUGAGGAUCCAGUUACAUCAGAUAAGCCGUAGUGACAUUUACUAGGACACAUCCUAGUGAGGAACAUCACAAAAAGUUCCCUGGCUUUCCUUACUCUGAAGACACUGGUAUACGUUUUCUUAAUGGUAUUUAAAGGUGUAUACAAUAUAUAUAUUAAUAAUCUUCUUACACUUCCAGAUAACACCUUUAUCAGUCCGGAGUUGCAGAAAAUCUUUGAGCGUGUCCGUCAGAGCGCAGACUUCAUGCCAACAUGGCAAAUGACGGUGAGUUUCUAUUUACAGUAAUACAGUGACUGUUUGUGAUAUAAAUGCCAAAAUUAGCAGUAACCCCCGGCAUUUUUUCCUGUGUAUUUAUUUAUUUGUUUCCAACAAACAGAAAGUUCUAGAGGAGGAACUAGGUUCAAAUUGGAGAGAUAAGUUGGAUUCCUUUGAAGACAGACCUUUUGCUGCAGCGUCCAUUGGUCAGGUUCAUUUUGCAAAGUUAAAAGAUGGCCGCGAGGUGGCUAUGAAGAUCCAGGUGAGAGAGCGAUUAUGCAUUAUACUUCUCUUGUGAAUGGACUAUAAUUUCCCUUUAUUUCAUCAAAAUAUUGGCAAAUUACUGUGUAACACUUUCUGCUCCAUGCGAUUCUGAGACUUAAAGCGGUUUGUUUGUGGAGAAUGGAUUAGCAGCAAUUCAGCGCUAGUUAAUCGGGUUUACUUGAUACAGAUAUUUUGGCUGUAUAAAGAAGUGAAACUCAUUCCAAGCAGGGAGGCCAUCCUGAGGAUGCCUUGAAUCCUUCUGUUUGUGUCAAAGCACUUGAAAAACGUUUGACAAAACAAGAGCAUUUAUAAAGUCUUUGCACAAUAACAACUCUGAUCAUCUGUAAUAUAAUCAACAGUAAUAAUGUUAUGGUGCUUAGAGCCUCUCUUUAAAAGGACUUGUUAAAAAGCUUUGUGUGAACAGUGCGUCCUCUUUUUUGAUUUUAGAAAAAGUGUAGAUUUGAAAAGAAAUUGGCUUUUAAAAAAAAUUAUUAAAAUGAUUACACCACACUGGCUGUCGAUCAGACAAGCAGUCUUGUUACUUUCUGGUUUGUUUAGUUCAGAGACGCUAAACUCAAGAGGCAGAUAUUGCCCAGAGCCCCUGCCUUGCAAAGACUUCUCAUUGAGCUGUAUUGGGAAGUCUGUGAUUGGACAGCCACAGAAAGACUGGGUGGUAAAGAAGGGGAGGGCUUGCAAAGAUGCAGACAAGAGAUCUGCAGGUAUUGCAAGAGGUUUUUAGAUAUAGCACCAAUUAAAACUUGCAUAAAUAAAUGUUCUCAUUUCGGGUAUGUCUACUAAAUGAUGAUUUUUAUUUAUUUUGUAUUUGGGCAGUGAAGUAUCUCUUUAAGUUUCCUGAGAUGCCAGGCUGUGGCCAAGCACACUUUUAUGUUUAAUCCCCCCAAAAAUUUAAAUUGAGGUGUAUUUAAAAAAAAAAAAUAAUAAAAAAAUAUAGUAAUACGACUAUUCACAAACUGUCAAAUCAUUCUCCUGAUCUCAGCCAGUCCCAGAAUUUAGCCAUGUACCCGUUCUUUCACCCCGUUUCUGCAGUAUCCGGGAAUCGCUCAGAGUAUAAACAGCGACGUGGACAAUCUUCUGGCAAUACUGAAAAUGAGCGUGGUUUUUCCUGAAGGUAGGUGUUAAAUGCUAUAAUCAGAGACUGUUUACACUGCUCUACUACAUGGACGCCAUUUCAUUUAUGAAUAUUUCAUACUAUUGCACCUCGCGUCUUAAAUAUUUAAAGGAUAACUGUCAUCAAUUUUUUUUAUUUUUUUUUUAAAUUCACGUGUUUUGAAUUUUUAAAUAAAUAAUUUGUCUACCCUUCCUACUCGCCCUUGCUGGCAGCCGUCUUCAUGGGUCAUCCGUUAUCCCAAUCAGUGCUUGCUAUUUUGAAACAGUCCGUUGCUGUUAAAAAUCUUCUGUCUGAUGAUUUUGAAAAGCCACGGGCUUUAGUGAGAUAGCGGCAGUCUGACUGAAGGUGCCUGAAGCUGACUGGUGGAAAGGGUAGGGUGGUAUAUUACAACAAAGAUGUUAUUAAGAAAAUUAUGACCGUUAUCAUUCAAUGUAAAACCCAGAUUUAUCACAUGGAUCUGUUGUGGCUGAUAAUUGGGAUUCUUUCUUUUAUCUCUGGGUUAAAUUAGACCUGUUUUUAGACCACCCAUCGAUUUGCUAAUGCUAUGUAUUUUAUAAAAGUUUUAACCAUGUUCUUGUGUUACAGUUUAUAUAUGAAGUACAGACACCAGCUAUGCUAGUGCUUGGUGGGGUUUACUGAGGGUACCUAUAUUUUAAGCAAGUGUUCCUAUUCCACGACUUGUGCAUGCGCAGUAUUUAACGAAACACUAGCGUUUCCUAAGCUAUUCUGCGAUUAUAACAUACAAAUUGUUUGAAGAUUUUGCUAAAGUGCUUAUAAGGACGCUGUAGGAACCAUAACCAUAACUAUUUUUGAUAUUAGUUUAAUUUUCAAUGAGGGUUCUUGCCUUUCCAUGCCCUGUCUCCACAGGAGGUGUGGCUACGGCAGAGGUAAUAAACGUCAUACCAAUUCAUACCUGCAAUAGCACUGUGAUAGGCCGAAUGUGGUCAGCUGACACAUUCAGUCAAUCACAGCUGCUCAGGCUAAUGCUUCCUCAUUAGCCCAAGCAUCAUGGAAGGGAUAGGAUUCUAGGGAGUCUUUACUGUUAAAAGAUUAAACAAGGUCUAACGGUGACUGGAAGGACAGCGCCAGGGGAAACCACACGCUACAGACACUAUAGAGAGAUGAAGCAGUUAUGGUGCCUACAGUGUCCCUUUUAAAGUAGUUCUGCCACUAAAAAUAUGUUUUUCUAAUCUGCUUUUAAAUAGCUCUCUGGGGCUUUAGAUUUCAUACAAUGUAUAAGGAAAAGUAGGGACUGUUUUUUUUAAAUUCUUUCUAUGAAUAGCAGUCACGAUAACAAAACUUAAUAAUAGGCAGAGUUUAAGGUGAGGUUCUGUUUCAGUUGCCAAUCAAAUUUACCUAAAGUCUGUCAGUAAACGCAAUGCCACAGAAGGGCAAACUGCAGAUAUUGAAAUCAGACACAAAGAAUAAAGGCUAAUAAAAAAGGCAGGGGGCACAGAGAAAAGUAAACUGAAAGAAAUGACUGUGUCAGCGUCGCUUUAAGUUGGUAAGUUUGUGCGAUCUUAGAGGGAUUCGGUGUAUGGAGUAACACAGUGCAAAGCCAGGGUUAGGGUGCACACCAAGCACAGGGGAGAGGGAUUGUCUGCCUGACUCACAAAUAUAACUUCACACUGAAUGUGUAUAAACCGUACAUCACAAUACUGUUGGAAAACAAAAUGUCUUGCAACUGCAGAAAGCAUAAUGCAGCAAACCUCUACAACGUUUACAUAUAUGAAUUCUGAGUGGUAAAAAUAUGGCAGUCCAGUGAUGUCUUCCACGUAGAAUAUUCUUACGCAGCCACGGACACAGUCUGACACGAAGUGAGCAUUCGUUCCCACGCAGCACAUCUCUUUAAUGCUACGUUUUCUCCUUACCCUGCAGGAUUAUUUCCUGACAGUAGCAUCCAGGUUCUGCAGAAAGAGCUCUCCUGGGAAUGCGAUUAUAAACGUGAAGCCAGCUGUGCAAAGCAGUUCAGGUAAAUAAAAUGGAACAUUAGCAAAUGGUGCAGGGAAUGUAACUUAUUACCAGGUAAAGGUCACUGUCUGCGCAAGAGGCGUGGCCAACAUUCUAAUCUUCAAAAAUAUUAUUAAUAGCUAACCUUAGCACUGCUCUCAGAAGUAAUCUACAUUUCCCAUGAUGCUUCAUACAGUAAAUCAUAUGGAGUGCCAAGAUUAGCCUCCACAGAAUAAGGAAGCCUUUCUGCUGAGAUGUCUUCCAUUCCCGAUUUAACCCUACAGAAACGUAAUAACUGGGAUGUAAGAUCCACACUGGCCAUUCUGUCCCCAAAUUGAGCAGAUUAUUAUUAUAUUGUGUGUGUGUGGUUCACAUGCCUUCAAGUUCUGUAUAUCCACAUUCCAUAAUCUACCUUGUCUCCAACAGACAGCUCCUGAAUGGCGAUCCCUUCUUCUGCGUUCCACAGGUCAUUGAUGAGCUCACAACGGAGCGGGUACUAACGCUGGAACUGGUGUCUGGAGUGCCACUAGACCAGUGCGUGAACCUGGACCAAGAGACACGGAAUCAGGUUAAUAACUAUCCUGGGCAUCUAAUAUAACCAAUGGGUGCACUCUACAGGUUCCUUUGUGAAGGAAGAACUGUGGGCUAUUAGCAUGGGAACCAUAGUUUUAGGCCAGAGCUAAAAAAAAUUUUUUAAAAAGCAUAGAUGGAGGAAUUUAUUUCAAUUUGGCCUGAAAUACGCACUUUCACUGUCCGUCCCUAGUUUAGAGGAUAUGAUGGGAGUGAGGAGGAUUCGCCACUUGGUAGCAAGUCAGAGGGUCAGUUCAUGUUUGUCUCCGUUCCUGUAUUCCCAUGGCAAACUGUGAGACACUUGUAGUUCUGGAUCACACUGUGAUGUGUCCAUCACACACUCUCAUACUUCCUCCCUGUUUCCAUAUUUAACAUUUUAUCUAUUAUACUGUAGGAUUGCGCCACUCGCUCUGCCGUUCUCUGAUUUCCUAUUUCUGUCCUCUCCUAAUAUAUUGCAGAAUCACACCAUGCUAUCUCUGUACCCUUUAUCCUUCCACAUUUUACCACUCACUGCUGUAUUUACACUAAUAUUAUUAUUAUCUUUGGCAUUUAUAUAGCUCUUUACAAUAUUACAAGAGGGGGAGAUUUAACAAUAAAUGAGACAAUUACAAAAACAGGAACAGUAGGUUAAAGAGAACCCUGCGCAAACGAGCUUAGUCUAUUUGUUGUGAUGGAUGCCGUUCUCACCCCACUCCUUAUAUAUAUAUUUCAGAUAUUAUAUGUUCUGUGUGACUCCCCCAUAUUACUGCCUGUUAAAUUGCAGGAUCACGCCGUGGGAUGCGAUGACACCGCUCUCACCUGCCCUCUCUUUAUUUUAGAUCUCGUACAACAUCCUGCGUCUCAGCUUACAGGAAAUCUUCCAGUUUCGCUUCAUGCAGACAGAUCCAAACUGGUCAAAUUUCUUCUAUGACGAAGAGAAAAAUAAGGUAAGUGGACAGAGAUCUGGUAAGUCGAUGCAGGUUCAUUCAUUUUUAUUUUUAUUUUUUUUUAAUUUUUUUUUUAUUGGACCUGGAUACUACAGAAAAUACUGCAUUUACCAAAGAAUAAAAAAAAACAGUAUUCCUAAACCACUCUGCACCCCACGUGUUCCCUCUCUUCAAAGAGGCAGAGCAUAUACUCCUUUGUACCAACGCCAUCCUCUGCCAGUCUUGUACUGACCGACCCCUCCAACCCUCUCCAAACCUACCACCCCGUAUACUCUUUAUUUUCUUGUUUUAACUAAUAUUAGCAUUUAACUUAAUCUUCCCUAGAUUAAUCUACUGGAUUUUGGUGCUAGUCGAAAAUUUGGAGAGGAAUUUACAGAUGAUUAUAUUGAGGUAGGUUCUUCUAAUACAAAGACUACAAUACCACAGACAACAGGACACCUACCUCUCACCUCCUCCUAAUACACAGACAUCAGGACACCUACCUCUCACCUCCUCCUAAUACACAGACAUCAGGACACCUACCUCUCACCUCCUCCUAAUACACAGACAUCAGGACACCUACCUCUCACCUCCUCCUAAUACACAGACAUCAGGACACCUACCUCUCACCCCCUCCUAAUACACAGACACCGGGACAGGUACUUCUUUCUAUACUUGACUGUAUGUGUAGAAUAUAUGAUUGUAUAUCCGUGCAUGGUGUAUACUAAUAAUUCAGUAUAUGCAGUAUGUAAAUAAUAAGAGUUUGGUUUAAUUACUAGGAAAUUAAUUGAAAUGUGAAAUUAUAAAAAAACUAAUUGUGUAGGCAGUGUGUUAAUGUCUACUUAUUAUUACCCCUGGUGUCUAUAAUAUCAGCCUGCAGCUUUUUCAUAUAAAUAAUGAUCUAAAAUAAAACUUCUCAUGCAGGUUGUUAAGGCGGCUGCAGACAGCAAUAGAGAAAAAGUUCUGCAAAAAUCUCGGGACCUUAAAUUCCUAACAGGGUUUGAAACUAAGGUGAGUGACACGUCCCCUGUCCUGGUACUAGUGGGGAGUCUUCACUGACCUAAGACAGUUAUUCACCAGAGUGAGAAUGCAAACUGAAUUUGUAAACUUAGGCCAAAGCUGAUUUAGAGAAUUAUUACAGUUUGGCUAUUAUUAAUUAGAUUUUUAAAUGAUUUUGAGUUCUUAAUUUAGUGGAUAUCCCUGCAAGUGUCUCCAUGCUGUGCCGGUCCUCAUCACAAAGCAUCGGUGUUACUGGUCCAUAUAAUUGGUGUUACUGGUCCAUAAUAUCGGUGUCAUUGGUCCAUAGCAUUGGUGUUACUGCUCCAUAGCAUUGGUGUUACUGGUCCAUAAUAUCGGUGUCAUUGGUCCAUAAUAUCGGUGUCAUUGGUCCAUAAUAUCGGUGUUACUGGUCCAUAAUGUCGGUGUUACUGGUCCAUAAUAUCGGUGUUACUGGUCCUUAAUAUCGGUGUUACUGGUCCAUAAUAUCGGUGUUACUGGUCCUUAAUAUCGGUGUUACUGGUCCAUAAUAUCGGUGUUACUGGUCCAUAAUGUCGGUGUUACUGGUCAAUAAUGUCGGUGUUACUGGUCCAUAAUAUCGGUGUUACUGGUCCAUAAUGUCGGUGUUACUGGUCCAUAAUGUCGGUGUUACUGGUCCAUAGCUGAGUUAGUUCGGUGUAUAUAAUGCAUUUCACAUUGUACAUUGACCUGUCUUUAAUGGUAAUCACGUGUGUGACCUGCUCUGUAUAUAACUUGAUAGCUGUUUUGACCAAUCCGGCCUGACUGAUAUAUACAGUAGGCAUUCUAGUUUGUGUUGUAAUUAGUAAAAAUGUAUUUAUUUCAGUUAUAUUAUAGGUAUUUUUAUUUUCUUUGUUCUAUACGUCACUGAGAAGCACUUCACACUGAAGGGUUAUUUCUUUGCAUCUGAUUAAGUGCUUAACGUUCCCGAAAGUGUGCAAGACGUCCCCCUAAUCUCCACCUGCUUUAAAUAAUAAGUGAUGGACUAUAUCUACCCCAAUCCCCCCACAUCCCCCUGUGCUCACACAGUCCAUUCCAUUCUAUCACCUUCCAUUCUGCAGCUUCUCAUGCACCACAAGGUAACUAGAUCUGGACUUCCUGUCUGUUUACCUCUCCUUCACGCCCACAUGUCGUUCUUCGUUUUGCACUGUUAGAUGCAGCUUUCUCCUAGAUUGUAAGCUCCUUUGUCACGACUCUCUUUACUCUGUCUUUCUGUUCACAGUGUCUGGUUUGACUUGCUUGGUUAAUGCUUCUUUUUGUGAAAUUAUAAAUUACUGCGGAAUUAUUUGGGCUAAUAUCAAUUUUAUUAAUAACUGGGCUUGAAUUUCAUUUUAGUGAAUGAGUGUGCAGGGUGCCUCGCUAUGUUCAAUGCGUGGACUCUAGGAUGGUUGCCCCAUCCUUUAAUUAAUGCUGUACAAUCAAAAGCUGCUUUUAAUGAAUUCUGGCUAAUUGAAUGAAAGAAUUCUCAGAGAGAGAAUAUCUCUAUAUAGUGCUACUACCAGAUUCAUUACCGUUUCUCCUUUGUCUGGGGUUGCAUUAGCCUUGUGUUGUUUAUUUAUUUAACUUUCUGUUUUUAUAGAUUUUAUUUAUUUUUCCCCUUUGAUCCAUUCUUUUCUUGCAGACUGUACCUGCUGAAACCCAUAACCUUUUACCUGAUGCCUGUAGCGAUUUUAUUGUUAUUUUGUUCUGGGAGUCACUAGACGUUCCAUUACACUCCUGCUAGUCCUAAGAUAGUUCUGCGUCCUGCAUCCUGUGAUCCGAUGGCUAUUAUUUCCCUUAGUAAUCAUUUCUAUUUGAAUCCAUGGAUAUAAAGAUAAUGAAGGACUUAACUGUCCCCAUAAACCGCUCCCUGCUCUUCCAAAUGCCCUCUGAUUCAGAGCAGAUUUAUUAUGUUUUUGAGCUUCAUUUUAAUAACAACAAAUCUCUUAAAUUUGCUUCCAAAUACCGUAAUUUCAUUUUUAAUUUCAUUGCAGCCAAAAGACUUUUCACCCUCAGGGGGAGAAUAUGUCUUUGUCUCGAUUUUAAACGGGUCAGAGAUCCCUAGGGGAGAGAUUUAAUUAUACAAUGAAUGAUCAAUAACACAGCUUCUAUCACAGCUAAUGUGUUCAUUCUCAGUUAUAUCCGUCAUGUGUAUUUUAGCACAGCACUAUUCUUCUAGAAUUUGACAGAACCGAUCCUUUCGGGUCUUGUUGAGUUCCUGUAGAGACUUCGGUGAGCAAUCAGCAGUCCUAGCGUAAACGAAAACCCGCGGAGCCAUAAUCUCAUUAUUAAGGGAUUUCCAGGGACUUCUGCUUGUAUUUCAUAAACACCGUCCCAGUCAAAGCCCCAGUACGUCUGAAAAAAAAUAUAUAAUAAAAAUAUCUAAUCCCCUGUUAUAGAGGCUGAUUUUAUACCCCUUGUCUGCCUAGGACACAAGGAAGACAGAGCGAAGGCAUUGCUCAAAAAUACACUUCGGAAUCUCCUAAAAUCUGUCAAACUGUUCCCACGUGUUUGGAGGUGUUUCUUGUAGAGCGAAUAGGAUUUAUAUAUAAAAAUUACACAAUGAGUGAUCAAUAACACCGUGUCUAUCACAGAUAAUGUGUUCAUUCCCAGUCAGAUCCAUUUCUUUCUGUGUAUGUGUUAAUUGGUUAUACGGUUUUAUUGAUUGGAGAUUUUUGUAUAGUUUUUGUUUAUUUUCCUUUUUUUACCAUUUUUCUAACAUUGCUUUGAAAGUAAGACUUAGAAAUAAGCUGUUUCUUCUCUACAGGUCUUCGAAGAAGCUCACAUAGACGCAGUAAUGAUCCUCGGAGAGGCAUUUGCUUCAGAAGAGCCGUUCAAUUUUGGCACACAGAGCACUACAAGCAGGAUCCAUGACCUAAUCCCAGUCAUGCUAAAACACCGACUCACUCCACCACCAGAAGAAUCCUACUCACUGCACCGCAAAAUGGCAGGCUCCUUCCUGAUCUGUGCCAAGCUGCGAGCCAUAAUCCCGUGCAAGGAGCUAUUCCAGGGCAUAUACCGCCAAUACUGGGAGCAGCGACAUGGGGGAGAGCAAGCGAUAAGCUCAUAGUCAACUUCUUUUCCAGCUUGGAAAUGGGUAUAAUGAUUCAGUGCCACCACAGCCUGUGAUCUGCUGCCACGGAGAUGGGAACCUGCUAACGUGUUAUCCAUGUGUUUAUAAGACUUGCAUUCAGAGACCCAGGAAAGUGAGGGGGGCUGCCAGGUGAGGACAGGUGGAAAGCAUUUCUGGUGCAUAGUGGGAUGGAGAGAGAGAAGAAACAGAAGGUUAAAUUGGGAAAACAAGUGAGGAUAAAUAGCACAUAUAUAUAUAGCCACCUUUCCACACUUCCACCAAGAAGAAUAUUUAAUCCAGACAUUGGAUGUAUAGCUUUCAUUUGAUUAAUUACCCACAUGUCACAUUGUUGUGAAAGGAGCCUUUAAUGUUCUCAUUAAUCUCUCUAUUUCUCACACAGACCCACCAAGAACAGAGAAUUGAAGGCUGUUCCUGUCACUGCAGGUCCUUGUUAACUACAUUUCCCAUUAUGCACAUUAAACAUUUGGGGUAUAAGCAUCAUGGGAAAUGUAGUUUGUGAAGAUGUGCAGUGGCAUGGUUAACCAUUACUAACUUGGAGCCAAUCUCAUGUCAUUCUGUUUGUAAGAAAAGAAAGAAAAAUCCUAAUCAUAAAGUUAUUUGCCUUUAGAAGUAAAUUAAAGUGAAAUGUCCGUUCUCAAGGAGUUUCUGAUUAUACUUACUUCCCCGUUUAUAUUUAACAGCUAUAUAUGUGAAAAGUAAAAAUAAAUGUAGGAAUUCACAGCUCUUUAUCCUGUAACUGGGCGCUGCCAUUUUAGCUCCCUGUCAAUCAUUGUUAUAAGCUCCGCCCUUUACACCUGGCAGUCAGUAUAGAGAGAGCCGCCUCCAUCUUAGCUCCCUGUCAAUCAUUGUUAUAAGCUCCGCCCUUUACACCUGGCAGUCAGUAUAGAGAGAGCCGCCUCCAUCUUAGCUCCCUGUCAAUCAUUGUUAUAAGCUCCGCCCUUUACACCUGGCAGUCAGUAUAGAGAGAACCACCUCCAUCUUAGCUCCCUGUCAAUCAUUGUUAUAAGCUCCGCCCUUUACACCUGGCAGUCAGUAUAGAGAGAGCCACCUCCAUCUUAGCUCCCUGUCAAUCAUUGUUAUAAGCUCCGCCCUUUACACCUGGCAGUCAGUAUAGAGAGAGCCGCCUCCAUCUUAGCUCCCUGUCAAUCAUUGUUAUAAGCUCCGCCCUUUACACCUGGCAGUCAGUAUAGAGAGAGCCACCUCCAUCUUAGCUCCCUGUCAAUCAUUGUUAUAAGCUCCGCCCUUUACACCUGGCAGUCAGUAUAGAGAGAGCCGCCUCCAUCUUAGCUCCCUGUCAAUCAUUGUUAUAAGCUCCGCCCUUUACACCUGGCAGUCAGUAUAGAGAGAGCCGCCUCCAUCUUAGCUCCCUGUCAAUCAUUGUUAUAAGCUCCGCCCUUUACACCUGGCAGUCAGUAUAGAGAGAGCCACCUCCAUCUUAGCUCCCUGUCAAUCAUUGUUAUAAGCUCCGCCCUUUACACCUGGCAGUCAGUAUAGAGAGAGCCGCCUCCAUCUUAGCUCCCUGUCAAUCAUUGUUAUAAGCUCCGCCCUUUACACCUGGCAGUCAGUAUAGAGAGAGCCCCUCCAUCUUAGCUCCCUGUCAAUCAUUGUUAUAAGCUCCGCCCUUUACACCUGGCAGUCAGUAUAGAGAGAGCCACCUCCAUCUUAGCUCCCUGUCAAUCAUUGUUAUAAGCUCCGCCCUUUACACCUGGCAGUCAGUAUAGAGAGAGCCCCCUCCAUCUUAGCUCCCUGUCAAUCAUUGUUAUAAGCUCCGCCCUUUACACCUGGCAGUCAGUAUAGAGAGAGCCGCCUCCAUCUUAGCUCCCUGUCAAUCAUUGUUAUAAGCUCUGCCCUUUAC